AGGUCCAGCAGGGCGUGGAUUUGGGGAGGGGUCCUCGAAUCGCUCCUUCCGUGGAUCAACCGUUGUCUUAGAUCUAGGACGUUUCAGCCAUGGGAGUCCUUCUUUCCAAACCCAACACAGACAAAGUUUUUGACGAUGGUGAAAGCGAGAAGAUCGCCUAUGCAGCUUGUUCCAUGCAGGGAUGGCGCACUACCAUGGAAGACGCGCAUGCUGCCGAGCUUGACAUUGAUGGCAAGAAGUCAGCAUUUUUUGGUGUCUAUGAUGGCCAUGCUGGCACAGAUGUGGCAAUCUACAGCAGUAGAUUUCUCCACAAGAAUUUGUUGAAGAGCCCUCUGCUUAAGCAAGGACAAAUAGAAGCUGCUUUGAAGGAGGCCUUUCUCAAGACUGACAGUGAUUUGCUCACGAGUGAGGGAAUGAGCGAAUGUGAAGCAAUAAGGAGAGAGAUAGCAAGAAGAGACGAAGACGAAGACGAGGAGGAUGAAGAUGGCAGCAUUCAUGUUACUGACAGUGGCUCUACGGCCGUCACCUGCCUGAUUUUAGAUCGUGUCAUUUAUUGUGCCAAUGCUGGAGAUUCACGAGCGGUUCUUUGUCGUAAUGGAACAGCGGUCGAUCUGUCUGAAGACCACAAGCCCACCAACGCUGUGGAGAGGACGAGGAUUGAGAAUGCAAACGGAUUUGUUGAGGACAAAAGGGUCAACGGCACCUUGGCUGUAGCAAGAGCUAUGGGAGACUUUUCCUUCAAAGCAGACAAACAGCUGCCUCCCGAGGAGCAGCAAGUCACUUGCAAUCCUGAAAUUAAGAAGUUUCCAAUGCAGGAAGGUGAUGAGUUUAUCAUUAUGGCUUGUGAUGGUAUUUGGGAUGUCGUUUCAAGCCAGCAGUGCGUAGAUCUGAUUCGGGAAAAGCUGAAUGGUGGUAAGAGCCUUCGUGAAACGCUCUCCGAUCUUUUUGAUCAUUGUCUCUCACCCCAUCCGUCUGCCAAUGAGGGUCUCGGAUGCGACAACAUGACAGCAAUCAUUGUCAAAUUCAAAUGAGCAAGCUGCAAAUGGAAUCGAUGUCUCGCCCGUUUGCCAUCACGAACGUCAAACAGUCACUGUGCUGUGAAGGACCUUCAUAACCCUUGUGUUUUUUUGGGACAUGUUUUCAAUGCAUUAUUUGAAUACUG